GACAAGUCCGAACACAUAUCCCGGGCACGCGCUUCGAGAGAGAGAGAGAGAGAGAGAGAGAGCGUAUAAAUAGCGGAGAAUCUACUGUAGUAUUAUCUGAUUAUUCUGCACGCGACGACACACACACACACACACACACACAGUUGCGCGAUGCGCCUGGCGUAAAGUCCUCGCGCACACCUGUCCUGUCUGUGUCUUACCUGUCAGCACACAGCACGCAGUCCGGGCUCGCGCAUAGGUGAGACGGGAGGAUGCGCGCGGCCGAAGCGGACAGACUGGCGGAUGAGCUCACGAGCGCGGCGGCUACCGGAGACACGGUGCGCGCUGAAAUCCUGCUGCAGAGUGGAGCGGAGGUCAACCGCGCAAACCGCUUCGGGAGAACACCUGUACAGGUGAUGAUGAUGGGCAGUGAGCGCAUGGCCAGGCUCCUGCUAUCACACGGUGCGAGCCCGAACGUGAUGGACGUGAGUACGGGGGUGACACCACUACACGAUGCUGCACGUGAGGGUUUCCUCCUCACCGUGGAGCUGUUGGUCAGAGCCGGAGCGGACAUCACUGCGCUGGACAACGGGGGGUGGAGCCCUGCCCAGCAUGCACUGCGGGCUGGCCACGCCCACAUCGCCAAGUACUUACACCCCCUCUAAUCUUCUACUGCUUCUCUCUCACACACACACACAUGUACUGUCGUUCCAAUGUUUUAUUAACCUUGAAGACUUUGUAAUGUUUAUAAACGGCUUAUACACAUCAUCAUCAUCAUGCAGACACUGCAGGCACUUUACACCUUUUAUCUAUUUUAAUACACUUUAUUAAUGUAAUGUUUGUUUAAUAUUAAGAUGUAUCAUGGAUACGAUUAUGAAUGUUUAUAUGCUGGAACACUGAAAUAUAAACCUGAUUAUUAAAUUAAGAUAA